CAUCGAGAUUGCAAGCAGGGAAGCUAGGCAGGCUUGCAUUUGGCAAGACCACUGCACUCGUGUUGAGGGCAAGGGGUGGAGAGGAGAAAGGGAAGCCAUGGCUUCCACUUCUCCUCAAAAACUUGGCCAUCCUGGCCAUUCCCCAUUCUCUUCUUCCAUUUCAGGACCUUCCCCAGCCCCCAAAAGUCUUCUUCCGUCCCCCCAAACCUCUUUCAAGAAGCUUUGGGCUGCUUUCAGCUGGUUUGUGUGGUUUCGAGGCUUCUCGCCAUGGUGGCCCAUGUUGUGGAUGACCCAGGGGUCACAGCCAGGCUAGGGACCGAACUUCUUACCUCCAGGGCUAAUGCCAACCAUGCUGUGGCUCUGCUUGCAACUCUGGCUGCCUCAACUAAAGAGACAGUCCUCUGCGAGGCAGCCCGCUCGCUCCAGGUCUUCUUCCUAUCAUGCAUUGGCGAGAAAGAAACUGCUACCCAAGAGGAUGAUGCUGAUGGGCUCUUUGCAAGAUGGCUGAAGCUUCGCUACAAGGCCUUCGUGAAGUCCCUGCGGGGGCUUCUGGAGAAGGAUACCAUACCACUGGCAGCUCAGAAGGCUGCACUGGAUGCCCUUUUGGAGCUUGCCAGGGCCGAGAAAGGACACGGCUUGAACAACGACCUCUUCAUGGAAGUUGUGACAUCUUUGAUCUCCACUGCUGGCACUGCUGACAUCCUCGCAGUCACCAUCAAGAGCUAUGCACAGUACGCUGACAUCAGGUACUUCCUGUACAGCAACAUCCAGAAGCUCGCGGAUCGCCACCACACCCAUAUUGCUGGGCCAAAAGGGAAUGCGGCAGAAGAGGAAGCCAAGACGAUCAGCCUGCACCGCUUUGCCCGUCAUGCGACCACCCUCCUCUUUGGCAUCGCAUCGGAGCUCAAGACUCUGGACAACGAGACAGCUAUGCAGGCCUGGGCCCCAGCGGAAGUUGGCCCCUCUGCCCCUGCUGCUCCCCGGUGGACUGACCCCAAGAAGCGCAAGCGCGUGGCGGCCGACUGUUGGCUCGCCAUGCUCAAGCUGCCCCUGCCGGUCGAUGCGUACAAGAAGGUCCUGGUGAAGCUGCGCGGCACCAUCCUUCCGCUCAUGCCCAACCCCGUCCUGCUGAGUGACUUCCUGACCGACUCCUACAACCUGGGCGGCGUGGUCAGCGUGAUGUCACUCGACGGCCUGUACACGCUCAUCACGCAGCACGGCCUGGAGUACCCCGACUUCUACAACAAGCUGUAUGCGCUGCUCGAGCCGUCAAUCUUUGUGGCAAAGUACCGCGCGCGCUUCUUUGAGCUAGUGGACUUGUGCCUGCGCUCCCCCCUCCUCCCAGCCUACCUCGCAGCUGCCUUUGCCAAGCGCAUGUCCCGCCUCGCGCUCUCUGCCCCCCCCGCCGGGUGCGCCCUGGUCAUUGCGUUCGUGCACAACCUACUCAGGAGGCACCCGUCAAUUAACGUCCUGGUGCACAGAGCUCCUGGAGGGGAGGAGCGUGAGGCAGACGGGGAAGAUCCCUUCCUGCCAGAGGAAAAGGACACGGCCAAGUGCAACGCUCUGAAGAGCUCGCUAUGGGAGAUAGAAACUUUGCGGCACCACUACUGCCCGUCCGUUUCUAGGUUCGUAGCUUCCCUAGAGAAGGACCUGACGGUACGGCAGAAAACAGCGGAAGUCAGCAUCGCAGAUUUCAGCAGUGGGUCGUACUCCACAUUACUACAAGAGGAGGCCGGUCGGCGCCUCAAGAAGGUGUCCCUCGCUUUCUACUCCUCCACCCCAGACGCUCUGUUCGCCUCUUCAAGCCCCGACGCGGCAGGCGAUGCUGACAUCAGCGGAGAAUUCAAGGGCUGGGCGUUCAAGAAGCAGCGGGGCGAGGGCAAGAACGCCGGCGACUUGGCGUUUGUGGGAGAGGAAAACGACUCCGACGACCCGGAUGACGAUGAUGACGACGAGGAGGACGAUGAUGACGAAGGCGAGGAGGGAGAGGAGGGCGAGGAAGGAGAAGAAGGUGAAGAAGGCGAGGAAGGGGAGGAGGGAGAGGACGACGAUGAGGGCGGAGAGGGAUACGAGGAAGAGGGUGGAGAAGGGGGGGAGGAAGGCGAGGACGAUGACGACGACGAGGAGGGGGAAGAAGGGGAGGAGGGAGACGAGGGCGAAGAAGGUGACGAGGAGGAAGGCGAAGGUGAAGAAGGGGAAGAGGGUGUCGAGUACGAAGAGGAGGACGAUGAUGAUGACGACGACGAGGAGGGCGGAGAGGAGGAAGAGGGCGAAGAGGAGGAGGGUGAUGAGGAGGGCGACGAGGAAGGGGACGAGGACGAUGAGGACGACGAUGAAGAAGAAGACGAACCGGCGCCCAAAAAGUCAAAGCACUAACUGUGUAAUGGAAAUUGUGAACAAAGAUCCUUCUUUGGAGUGAAAUAGAGUGUCUGCUGAAAUGGUGAAGGUCGGCCUUGGCUACCAUUACAGCGUGCAUGGAUGCAACCAGCAAGGUUGCAUCAAUCUAGUUAGUGAAAGAAUCUUGGGUAAACGAGUCAGUCCUAGACCUAUGUUUGGAUCACAUUCUGUGCUCAUACCAAUCGAAAAUGAGUGUGCUUACCUCUGCAAAGACUUCUGGAUUCCCCCCUGGCAACCAUGAAAUUGCCACAUGUGCCAGCUGGAU